UUGGCUUGCAGCACACUGUCGGCGCAGCCACCAUAAACCUUUGUAAACGAGUCGAUUGGCUGAGAGAGUUUUGCAUGCCAGAGGCCCAGAGUGACGGCGGCGUUGAGAAUGGCGACGGCUACUACUCGCGCGACCCCAACCUUGAUCUCAUCCCUUCCAGACCUCCGGGUCUUCCUCUCCUCGAUCCCUCCGUCCAGCACGUUCUAUCUGGACCUUGAGGGUAAAAGUCUCAGCCGGAAUGGGACCCUCACCCUCUUGACGGUACACGUCCUUCCCUCACAAGCAACAGGCAUUGUCGAUGUCCAAACCCUCGGCGACUCUGCGUUCACCACUCCCGGCAUAGAAGACGGGAAUACCACCACCCUCAAAGCCAUCCUCGAGGAUCCCCACACUUCCAAAUGCUUCUGGGACGUACGCAACGACGCGGACGCCCUCUGGGCGCACCACAAGGUCCGUCUCGCGGGUGUCACAGACGUCCAGCUCCUCGAGAAUGCAUCCCGCGCCGGCAACAAGACGUACCUCAGCGGGCUCGACAAAUGUAUCGAGAAGGAUCUCCAGUUAAAAUUCAAGGAGGUGCAUCGCUUGGUCAAAACCAAGAAGGAGGUGCGGGAUCUGAUGGCCACCGACGACAUCUUUUCCCGCCGCCCUGUGAACGCCAAAACGAUGCAGUACUGCGUCAACGAUGUCGUUCACCUGCCUGCGCUCCACAACCUCUACGCCAAGCGCAUCACUAGCAACUGGCUGAAAAAGGCUAUGGAUCACAGCGCGCGUCGCGUGCUUGAGAAGAAACGGCUUGAGGAGAAGGAAGAGGACGAGGCGAUCGCGUAUGAGUAUAGCCGCUACUUCGACUGUGACCACGGCGAUCCUAUGGGCUCUGCGAAUGAGGCCGCGUGGGACUUCACAUUUGAUAGUUGCUAACUAGGAGAAGUGAACUGUUGGGAGGCAGGGCAACAGAAUGGAUUG